AUGGUUUGGCCAUCACAAGUCCUUUCCAAAAACAGAGAUGGGAUAUUCAGCAAAAAGCAUACAGUAUGCAAAUCAGCUACUAAAGCAACGGUAAAGGAGGAGUCUGCGAAUAGAAAGAGUGAUGGACACAUUGCAAACAGCGGCACUGUCGGACGAGGAGGAGGUCCGGCCAAAAAUUGGCCUUCGGUUGUAUUGGAUGACGCAAGAAAGCUAACAAAAUACCACAAACAUCAGAAGGCUCCCAAAUGCCAAGCAUCUGACAAUGGGACCGGUAAAAGUGCUAAGGCCUGGCCUUCAGAUGUCGUAUUGGACGAUCCGAAAUAUGCUACACGAAUUCAACGACAAGAACCUCCAGGAAUGACAGCACAUGCGACUUCGAUGAAUCACCAGACCGACCUCUGGCCUUCUCUCGUUUUGGAGGAAAAAUUGCGGAACAAGCGUAGUGAAGGAAGAAAUGACAGAAGCACAACCAGAAUGCAAGAGCAAUACGAAGAACGAGAUGGAAUGAUUGACGAAUACUACAAAUACACCCUCAAUCGUCAUCAAAAACUUGAUGCUCAACUCGGAUCGCCGAGAUCUGAUCACCUAUCGUAUGCUACGUCUUACUCAAAUGGAGACUCCGAAGAUGAUGAAACUCGCUCACAUGGAGCAUAUACCUAUGAUUCAAAGUCUAUUGGUAUCAGUACGUUGACCAGUAGGACUACGUUGAGAACGGGAUCAUUCAGUACACGAGAUUUGGAUUCUGGUUGCUAUUUGCAAGACAACCAAGCAAAUUGCAAUCCAUCAGUCCCUCCAAGAAAUGCCGAAAGCAACAAUCUUGUUUCAGCACUGGUCCAUCUCACCAAAAAUUGUUAUUCGCCAGCUGAUCCCGACCUACCGUACUAG